AUGCCAGAUUGCAAGAGAACUAGGUCCCCAUCGUCCUGCUUUUUGUAUGUCAGCUUAAGAAUUUAUACUCUUAUUUCCCAAAUUCAUUAUUGUGUUCACAGUACGGCCUCAGCCAUAUCUGUCCAAUGUGAUAGAGCUGAGAUGAUCCUCUGGCCUCUGCUUACUUGGCGUCUACCACAUCACGACAGCGGAUACCCAUAUCUGCCACUGUCCCAUCUACUGCAUCAUCGAAAUUCAGGUGGUCAGACUGCAAUUGAUUUGGCGCGAAAUCUGCCAGCACCCAAACGCCUUAUCUACCUCCUUAAGUUUGCAGUCUGCCAAACUCAAUUGCCCAUUGGUCUUCCAGUAUUCCGUAUUCUUUGCUCUUUAUUUUCUUCGAAUUUGUUGCUUCGUUUGUCUUUUUUUAAUAGAAUAUAUUCUGCAGUUUGGUGGAUUCACGCUUUGGCACCUUUGUUAUUCACUUUUUUGACCUAUUCUACUAUAAACUCCCCUUUGACCGAUUGGACGACUUCAUCCGCUUGUCUGACUGGACUUUUCGGUCUGGCCAGCUUGAUAUGUCUGCAACGUCACAGGAUGGCUGAUGGCACGCGAAGAGCUAAUCCUGUCUACAUCGGUUACUUAGUGGCUGGCUUCCUUGCGUUACUAACUUCCUAUUGGAAUGAUCUGCUACCUGCUCUAUCAAAAUAUUCUAUCGCGGCUAGGUUAACUCCAUUCGGAGUCUGGCUUGUCAGCCUCAUCACUUCAUUCUGGUGCCUUCUGUUCAUCAAACUUGCCUUGCUUCCACAGCCUGAUCUUAAAGUUGAUUCAGCUUACACCUCAGAGAAAUUCGCAAGCCUGGCAGCAGCAGAAGCAUCCCAUGUUAUAAGUCGGGUUGAGGGAUUGGCCACAUGCAUCUAUCAGAAGUUCAUCCACAGUGAUGAUGGAGCCAUAAAUAUCGAUUUACUUGAAUACCUGGAUAAGGAGAUCGGGGAUAUAGCACGUUUGUACUGUCCCGAAUGUCACCUGAUACGACCAUCUGAUCAUAACGUUAAGCACUGUCGGCUCUGUGAUACCUGUUGUUUUGACUUUGACCACCAUUGUAUCUUCCUUAUGCGUUGCGUAACUCGGUCAAACCAAGCUACUUUUAUCCUUUUCCUCUUCGUUUCCUGGAUAGGUUUCGCUUUUUACGUUAGCCUUGCGUUCCUCGUACUUAGUCUGCAUUGCAUUUGUGGCCAUUCUGUUUCUCUGACUGGUGAUUGGAAAAUUUCCUGUUUGGUAUUAGUGACUCCGCGUGGCCUCUUGAUGCUCCUUUUUAGCUUUGCCAUGACAAUCUGGCUUUCUUUUUUUUUACGAAACCAGCAAAUAGCCUAUCGGACAAGCAAGAGCAAUAAUAACAUAGGCCUCAUAAGACAAAUGCUUAAUCAAUGUGGAUUUGCUCGCCUGACAGCGAUAUUUUGUUCUUCUGGCAGAGCCUCCCCCUUGAGGCUUGUUUAA